AUGAGAUCCCAGCGCGACUCGGCUCAACAGGUGCAACCAGUGGUGGAGAUUAUCAGGAUUAACGAGGCUGCGCACAGCGGAGACGGCUUGGAGGGCGGCAGCUUGCUCGUGAGCAAUCCCGCUGACGCCAUUGUUCUCGCAGAGGGCGACCUCCCGAGUCGUCUGUAUUCAGUGUGCGCGGCUUACGCCUUCGCCUCGCUCACGCAAACACCGACCGUCGCGCUGUGGCCCUCGGACGCACACAUGCCGCAUGUGCGCUUCCACCACCUCUUCUCGACUCGUCAUAGCGAAGAGUACAGUACCGCGGACAGCGCAGACGGGGUAAGAAGUACGGAAGAGAUGAGCAGGAACGGGUGGCGGUACCUGCGCGUCAAGGACUCGGCCAUCGCGAGCGAGGAUGUGAAGAAAGGGCUCAACUCCAACCGUCGCACGGUGUUCCUUUCUCCAUGCGAAUCCGCAGAACAGCAGCAGCAGCAGCAGCAGCAGCAGCCACAGCAGCAGGGCGGAAGCGAGCAAGCGGAGGCGGCUCCGUUUGCGCUCUAUAUGCCAGCAGAAGGCGCUGGGGUAAAGGUGGCAGGCGAGGAGCGCUCAGGAGCAGCAGCAGCGGGAGAGACGGCAGUGGAUGCGGCAGCGACAGGGGAGGAGAUAGCGGAGAUUUCAGUGUCGCGGUGCGAGUACGAGCGCGAGGUGGAUCUGUGCUUGGCGUCGCUACAGCCGUCCGCUGACGUGGCGAGACUGGUGGCGAAGGAGGAGUUGGAGGCGGUAGAGGCGACUGUAGCCGUGCACCUGGACGUGAGUGUGGGCGCGGGGGAGGAGGAGAGUGAAGGGGGGAGAAAAAGGGUGAAGAGGGAAACAGGAGAUUUUGACCUUGCUCCCCCCGGCUGUUCCGGCUGCGCCGCCGCCACAUCAGACGCCUCCGCCGCCCUCUGCGCCAUGCGCCGCAUCGCCAUGGAGUCUCUUAAAGACCCCUCGCUGCGCUUCGUCCUCGGCUCCCCCUCCCCCGCGCGCGCCGCCACUGUGACCGCGUAUUUCGACCCCCUGCGCGCGCCCCUGCUGCUCCGCGCGGGAGAGGAGCGGCGGAAAAACCGCGCUCAGGGCUUCCUCCCCAUCAACUCGUCCUCGAUAGAAGCGCGUUUCGUUACAGCACAAGGGAGGGCGCGGUCGGCGGAGUUUGAGGUGGCGCGGUCGGUGUGCGAGUCGGAGGAGGUGCUCCCCAUUCCGCAGCAGAAGUGGGCCAAAUUCACCUUCGUCGAAGGUACGCCAUGCUGGCGACUCACUUUCACGCACUAUGUCCCUUCCGUCUCCUCGUUCUUCUAUCUUGUUCCUGCCUUUCCUCCGCCUUCUCCUCUCUCCCCUAAGCCGUCCCCUCUCGUGCUGCCCCCCAUGCGAGCAGAGCGUCUGGGAAUGGCCUACUGCGGUAUUCCCGAGGUGGCCUCCACCACGUGGCUGCAGUGGAUUCGCGCGCAGAGCGGCCUGCCUUACACGGACAAGGAGCCGCUGAUAAGGGAGACGGGGCUGCACCGGCUGUCAGCCAACUUCACAGAGAAGGAGGCGGUGCGGCUGAUCUUGCGCCCGGGCAUGUUCCGAUUCACGUUUGUGCGCAACCCCUUCACGCGCGCCCUCUCUGCCUACCUCUCCAAGCUCGCCUACACCUCCUCCAUCACCGCCUCGCGCCGCGGCUCCACACAGUCGCCCAGGCAGCUCUGGGCCAAGUGUGGUAGCAGUACGAGGCAGCGUUUUUUCCGCCACGUGUGGCAGCAGUACGAGGAGGUGCGCGCGCCAGAGGGUCUGGUGACCUACCGUGCGUUCCUGAGGCUGGUGGGCGCACUCAUGCAGGACCACAGGGCCACCAUGAACCGCCACCUCUCGCCCCAG